AUGUCGACGGAGGAGAGACGCCGAGCGAUGAUUCGACACAUCGAGCUCGGACCGAGGGAUUUACUCUCGAGCGCCGACGCCGACGCGUCGACGCGACCGUGGAUCAGGGUGACGCAAGAAAAGAUCGAUGCGUUCGCGGACAUCACGCACGACGAUCAGUACGUGCACCGAGCGGACGCGCCGGGUGGAGCGAUCGCGCACGGGUUCCUCACGCUCGCCCUGCUCACCGCGGCGACGCGCGACGCGACGGCUCCCUCCUCAUCCUGGGCCAAGACGCAGAUCAACUCAGGGAUCGAUCACAUGCGUUUUCUCUCCCCCGUUCCCGCCGAUUCCGGCGUGCGCGCUCGCUCUCUUCGCAUCGACGCCGUCGCUCCGCUCGGCGUCCCGCCCGCGGGCGUUCGCGUCGCCUACCUCGCCGAGAUCGAGUGCGGGCUCGACGGCGACGACGCCCCGCGUCCGUGUCUUCUCGUUCGAUGGGUCGUUCGGCAGUACCUCUGA